AUAUAACCUGCAAAGUGUGCGGGAUUUCCUCGAGAUUUUCUUAUUUGGGAAAACUGGGGGUAGAAAUGAUGUUCCCGAUUGCCGGCAUUGGGCUGCUUCGGGGAUGCUUGAGCACAGCGAGUAGAGCGAUUCCGACCAUCCUGGCCAGAUCUUUCCACAGCUUACUGGCACGACCGUCAAUUUCAUCCAUCACACAGUCUCCAGGGCAGCUGCUGGCGUGCCCAGGAAGCCCAUUAGUGAAUCUAGUGAACGGAUUUAAGGUGAAGGGACGUCUGAAGAGGCGCUGCAAAGAUUGCUACUUCGUGUGGCGCCAGCAGAGGCUGUAUGUGAUGUGCAAGACUCAUCCGCGCCACAAGCAGAUGUCCAUGGUGAAGAAGGAGUGGAACACCUGGAUUCUCACGCACGCCAGCCAAGGGAAAGUUCGAGAGUGGUAGAGAAGACCUUGGCUUGCGCCUCGGGGAGUUUUGUAAUAAUAAAAGAAA